CUGACAAUAUGAUAAGGUUCGGUUGUCCCUUCUUGGGACGUAUAUUUCAAACUCAGUCUAUCGGCAAACAUCUGGCCAAGUGAAUAAUAACCAACCUACUCUAGAAGUAACAAUACACGCACAUAUGUACAUACACACAUAUCUUCAAUUUAAAAAGCCUUUUAUGCUAAAGCUUUUUCAAAGUUUCAGAUCAAUAACACAAAAUAAGAAUUUGUAGAAACAUAAUUUUGUCAGUCGGACGUUGAGUUCCCUUAAUACCGGUGUACGAAACGCAUAUCAAGAAUAACUUGUUAAUUAAUAAAAAAAAGAAAAUUAACCAAUAAACUCCAUUUUGUAAUGAGUAUCUAUAAUGAAGAUGAAUUGGUGGCUCCAGAAUGGAUUAAUAAAGAUUUCUUGGAGGAUGUUCUACAACAAUAUAAAAAUGAUAAAACUUUAAAAAUCAUAGACUUUAACAUAAGUCCCGCCUGUGUGAAAGGUGAUCAUUAUGCUAGCGUUAUGUUUAGAUGUAAACUUAACUAUGCUGAGGAUCAGUGUAGUGAAAACAAACAGAAAACUUUUAUAAUUAAAACUUUGCCCAUGGAAGAGGGUAUGAAACGUGAAAUGUUGAUGACAGCAAAAUUAUUUGAGACUGAAAUUGAAAUGUAUAGCAAAACAUUGCCGAAAAUAGAGAAAAUAUUAGCUGAAUGUGGUGAGAGAACAAAAUUAUCGGCAGAAAUCAUUUAUCAUUCCUUACAUCCGCACAAAGUAAUUAUCCUAGAAGAUCUUUGUGAGUCAGAUUAUGAUACCGUACGAGGACGUUACCUAACUGAAGAUGAGGUAAAAGCUGUUUAUGGCAAGCUUGCAAAAUUACAUGCCGUCAGUCAUAUGUUGGGCCACAGUGAGGAUCAUGAAUGUGUUACUAAAUAUCAAGAUGGUUUAUUUAGUUCAACAACAAUUAUGUCAAAUGAUAUCAUAGCCAAUGGUAUGAGUAAAUUUAUUGAUGUCUUAUCCAAAAAUCAAGAAUUUGAGAAAUAUUUGGAAAAGUUACAAAUAAUGCAACCAAAUAUGAUAAACAAAUGUAAAGAACUCUAUGGGGCAUAUGAAAUGAAUAAGGACCUAGAUGAUAUAUUUUUUCUAAAUCAUGGUGAUUUUCAUAUGAAAAAUCUUAUGUUUAAAUUUAAUGACGAAAAACAAAUUGAAGACUUAAUAAUGGUGGAUUAUCAGAUCAGCUGUUAUGCGCCCUCAAAUAUUGAUUUAACUUAUUAUCAGUAUAUGCUAUUGAGUCCUGAUUUACGUUUAAGACGUAAUGAAUUUAUGCAGUUUUAUUUUGAGGAAUUCUUAAGAAUAUUAAAGAAAAUUGAUUUUAAAGGAAAACUGCCGCUUUAUUCGGAUUUUCAGAUAUCAGCUUUAAAAUAUAGACACUUUUCUAUUUUUCUGUUGGCCACCUUUUUCCCCAUGGUAGUUGCUUUUAUGAUUUCUUCUGCUAAUGACUUGAAGGACAUAGAUGGUGCCAAAUUAAUGGAAAAUCCUGAAAUGAUGGGUGCUAUAAUUUAUCAAAAUCAAGAUUUUAUCGAUGAAAUACGCAAAUUUAUGCCAAUACUUUUAAUUGAAGGAUAUUUGGAUUAAACAUUAAAUUAAAUUUAAAU